GGCGCUGUCAUCAAACUUGACUUCAGAGCUUGACAACUGCAACAACUUUAAUUGGACUAUGUAUCCGUCAUUUUGGAUCGAUUGACUCAAGGAUGGAAAAAUAGAUGGGUUAGAAAGAUAUCGAUUUAAAAGAAAGACCUUUCUCAAGAUAAUUUACUAACAGUUYAGUGUUUGGUUCUAAAGUGGACGACAAACAMAUCGUAGUUGAUUAAAAUUAAGGACCGCCAAACGACGCGAAAAAGAGUAAAAAAAGUUCUUAAGGAAUUUGAUAUAAUUACCGCAACACAGAACGUCGAAUUCGCAAAGUGUUCUUACAGAAGUAAGGGUAGUCAAGGGUAGUAAGUACUUGCUUUACGAAGAAACACCAAUUAUUGAAUAGCAAUAGUCAACGUUAACCCUUUUGGAAUUUCGCAGACGAUACACAGAUGRGCUGAUCGACCGAUGUUAUGCARGUUAUAUCGCAGAGGCAAACUUAUGAUAGUAAAAUUAAUAUUUGGCCUGCAGACCUAACYAAUAGAUGAAAUUUGUUUUGGUGCUUUUAAUAUUUUAAAGUCGAUUUCAUUGUUAUUGUACCAUUGUAAUUAUUUAAUUUGUACAGCAUUUGGAGGAUUGUCUUUCACCGUUCCGUGGAUGUGAGGUACUAUAACAUUUGAUGUACUUUUGUCAGCUCCAUGAAGUAACUUCAAGUACACACUUUGCAAAAAGGAGAAUUUUGAUGACCAAAUUAUAGUGUUAGCUUGUACGAGACACAUUCAUGAUUUAAGAUGCCAAUAUCUUCAACAUACCGACAAACGGAAGGUUCUAAUCAACCAUGGAAUACAACCAAGUCAAGAAGACAAUCAUCUUCGCUGCCACCAUCUUGCACCAAGAAUGAUUGUCAAAGCAUAAGACCUCUUUCUUCAGCAACAAACAGGUCGAAUAGCACUAAAUUCUCUAAGCAACCUCAAACUAGACCUGCUUGGGUGACUGGUAGUUUUUCUUUGUCUAAGACAAACGAGGGACAGUGUUUAAGGACUUUACYAAUAAAAGGAUCUCCUUCAAGGCUGUCAAGGAGAACUCUAAAAAGACGCGAGACUUUGCCAGUAUUUUCUGAGCUUUCCUUCGCUCCUGUSCCGAARCUCGAACGCUCUAAUAGUGAUUCACUGCUAAAACCAUGUGAAUUAGGAAUGAAACGAAAAUUUAGAAGGGAAAACUCRAGUCAAACGUACAAAUGUAAGCGAUCUGGCGAAAAGUCAGCGACGACGCACCAUAAAAAGGUUGAGCCAGAGAGUAAAAUCUCUCCUAACAACAGCAAGUUAUGCUUCAACGACUAUAAUCAAACACCUAAAGAACUAGGACAAAGAGUGCUCUGUGUUCUAAACAAACAGAUAAAAAGUGGGGUUGUUCAUUAUCUUGGCUCUACUCACUUCAGUGCAGGACAAUGGUGYGGYAUUGUKCUAGAUGAACCAUGUGGCAAGAAUGAUGGCUGUGUUAAGGGUGUACGGUACUUUACUUGUGCAGAMAACUAUGGUAUAUUUGUACAUAUCCACAAAGUAAGGACAUUUGACAAGCCAAACUUUACAACAGAUGGCUUUGGGUGUAAAGAAUCAGAAGAGGCAUUAGGUAAUAAAACCAUUCCAAGGAGUUUUAAAUACAGUAAUACAAUUACAAUGAAUUCUUCUGAAGCAGCAGGUUCUCUCACUACACAAAAAGAUCCUUUAAAUGAUGAGAGUACAGGAUUAUAUCCAUCAAAGAAGAGAUCAAAUUCAUUGACUGAUGGAGCAAAUGGCCUGUCAAUUGGUUCAACAUCUUCUAAGUGUAAUUCUAAUACAGAUACCACACGGAAAGAUAUGUCAAGAUCCAGAUCACUAACUGAGAUAUUAGACCAUAGGAAAGAUUGUAAUAAAUGCAAUGAAAUAGACUGUAAAUGUAACUUUAAUCUACACACAGACUUGAAUGGUAUUGCUAACAGUAUAGAUGAUAGUUCUGAGGUGGUUAAACAAUCAAAACAAUGUUCAAAGACCAAAGCUGAACCUUCARUAAGUGGUGAACUUAUGACAACUACAAGUACUACUAGCUCAAACAAUGAUUCUCUGCUGAAUGUAAUUACUGGARGUAAAGGAAGACGAUCAUAUUCAUCUGAUUAUAUUACCAGUGUUGCUCUAAAAUCAAAACAUGAUUUGAAUAGCCCUGGUCCUCAUGCCGCUUUAGAAAGAAAUACAACUAUUGACGCAUUUGUUCAAGAUAAAUACUGCAGUUGUCCAAAUCUUGUUCCGUCGCAGCAUCUGUCAAGUGCACUCGAAGCAUGCAUUGAUUUAGGGAGACAGGAAUUGGAGACUUAUUCUGAAAAGGUAACUCCUGUUGAGGAGGUUCAGCCUUCGGAGUUUGAUGACAUUACUGAAAGCGAACAAGAAAGUUCAGCAGAGAAUAAUGAACUUGGUUAUAACAGUGAAAAGCUUCCUCAUCAUGGACGCUCCAAAUCAUUGCCUCUUGUGUUAGUUCAAGUACGAAAUAUAAGUGAAACAAAUUCCUUGUUUUGGUCAACAGACAAAUUAUCUGCACUUAUGUUUAAAGAAGAAAGAUCAGCUAGCUGGCCUACUCUAUCAACAUCAGCUUGUAGGCUGGAUUUAAGAACCGAUAAUAAAAUUGAUGCUAAUGACGGUGUAAAUUGUGGCCAAGAAGCCAAAAUGAUCAACCAUGAACUAUCUGAGAAUGAUGAAAGUGAUUUGAACAUAGAUAAGCAUGAAUCGACCAAAGUUUUUCCUUUGAAGAAACAAGUUGCUGUUGAAAGUCUUGUGCAAAGUGAUACCGAAAGUUUGUCUCAGUCAGAGUCACAGUUGUCGUUAUCCUCUGUUGAGACAACGACAAGUAGAAAAGCAAGAAAAGUCAGUGCAAGUUCAGCUUCAAGUUCAAGGUCACAAACUAGAGCCAAGUCUCAGAGAAACUCUAAAGUUAAYGCCAGAACAGAUGAUAAAAGUAAGAACAAGAGAAACACUGAGGUAAAUCCAGCUCCCUUUAAACUGACAAAGAGGCAUACAACUGGUUUGCAAAAGUACCAGACAACAACAUUAUCUGGUACUGCAAGACCAUCUAUGACUAAGAGACCAGCAAGCACACUUACUGAUGCCUCAGCAACAGUAUCUCCAACCUAUGGUAAAUCAAAAUUACCAACAAUGAAAAAGCCCCCUCUAUCCUCGUCCAACAAACCUGCAUCAAGCAAACCUGUAAAUAAAGCACCCAUUAGGCCAGCUAGUAUAGCACUACAAGAUGUCAAAAAGCUGCCUGGAMCAACUGCAAAUCAAACUGCUAAAGAUGCCAGGUCUGUUUCCAAAACUGCAUCACAGAGAAAACCAUCUUUGCCACCUUCUCAGAAGACAACUGCAAAAACGGAUAGUACAGUGAAGAAAAGAACCCAAGUUACCAGUAAACCUGGACAGCAAGUUAUGCCAGCAACCGACAGGAAAGUCUCRAGGACUACARCGAAAACUACGGUCGCGAAUAAACCCAAACCAACCACGMCACAAAAUACCACAGGGAGUCCAGUGGGMAAAGCUGCGAGUAGUCCUUCCAAGCCAUAUCACUCUCGCCUUCCAACAAGAAAAAUCAUUUCAAGAGAUGGCAGCAUCGAGAGUUCACAUUCUCACGAGCGCGAUAUUGAUACAGCUUCGAUAGGAACCGAGGAAUCGGACUAUCUCGAAGGUAAUCGGUUGUCGCGCGUUUCCAUCGAUCAUUACGAUGCUGACCGUUCAGACUUGGAGUCGAGCACGAAGUCGUGGCAAUAUGUACCACAUGCUCCUGAUAUACUCACUGGUACAAGAGAGAUUCAUCGCCGGUCUGUAGAGGUUCAGGUAGAACUGGACGACGAAAACGCGGAAGACAUCAAAGACAAGUAUGUUGCCUUGGAACGGUUACUUCAUGGAUUGAAGAAUGACUGUCGUGAUCUCGAGCUUGCUGUUGGUGAGAGGGACUCCARCUUACUCUCCAGUGCAAUACUUAUCGCCGCACUKUGUAAAAAGCUUCAAGGCAAUGGACGGUUGAUMGUACAUCUUAAAAAAGACCUGCAAAURACAGAAUCGGAGUUGAAGCAGAUACAGGAACGACUAGCUGAGGAAGAAGCUAACGCGGUGAAACUACAGGAAGAAAUGAUGUACGUCAGGAGUGAGCACACCGUUGCAAUACAAAAUCUUAAAGCUGAUCACGAGAAUACUCUGGAGGCCUUACGUUAUUCACUCAGUAAUCAAUAUGCUGAGGAGAUCUCUAAAGCUAACGAUGAACAUAUGAAGGAAAUGGUUGAACUCAACAAAGUGCACGCCGAAAAGGAAAUGGAAAUCAAAAGACAUCACCAGAAAGAUAUAGCAGAUGUGAGCGAGAAAUAUAAAGAUGAAAUCGUUGAAUUAGAAAGCAAGCAUUCACAGCAUAUCGAUGAACUGCUCGAAGAACAUCAAGUAGAAAUAGAGACAAUCAAGUCUGACUAUGAAGAACAGCACGGUGGGAUAGAGUCGAAAUUGUUUGCGGUUACCAAAGAAUGUGCUUCACUUAACAUGCAACUCCAGCAGUUACAAGAAGACACUGAAAGAGACAUCCAAUCGAGGAUACAGGAAGMAAUCGAGAAGUACAAGGCUCUCCCAGCAGAACUUGAGAGCAUGAAAGCUGUACUGGACAUGCGCAAUGAGGAAAAUAAACAACUCAAGAAAGAAAGAAUGGAAGCRCGAAUGGAGGUUGAUCAUCUUCGUAAAGUUGCCGAAAGAGUAAAGAAACUUGAGCAUGAGAAUGAAUCGCUGUCYUUUGUUGUUGAAAACAAAUCUAAAUAUGAGCGACAACUAUCAGUAGAACACGAACAUCUUAAAACCACACURGAUCGAGAAUCCAAAAAGCUGAAACGACUCUCACUAGAAAACGAAGAGCUUCACUGGAAACUCUACCAAGGCUCGAGUCCAACCGAGGAAAAAACGUCGCUUGAAUUUCCUGCAAAUGGAUCUCCUGCCAGCCCAAAACGGCGCAGUUUUCGUUUAUCCGCAUCGUCAGACGUUGGCACUAUUGACGAGUAGACUAGCUAGCGAGCUCAAGAUCUAGCGAGUAGAUGAGAUCAUGAGUACAGCACCUAGCGAGUAAACGAGUUUCGUAGACAAGAGUAGACGAGUUAAUGAGUACAACAUAAGCGUGUAGAUGAGUUAAAUUUGCGAGAAGACAGGUUAGAGAGUACAAGUUAGAGAGUACAAGUUAGAGAGUAGGCGAGCUAACGAGUAGAAGAGUUAGCGAGUAUGCGAAUUAAAACUGAACUAGCAAUAGGUCAUAGAAAUAUUUAUGUCGCAAAGAGUUGAAGUGCUCCUUCAUUGGAGUUGACGUUCCAUAUUGGAAAAUAACAAUCAUAUCAAAUACUACAUCGUCCCCACUGUAGUCGCCCAUUAAAAACUAAUGAAGUCAAGAACUCAUUAUGAGUAAAUUUAACUUAAUAAAGAGGAAAUACUCCAGUUUCGAAUUCUCCAAUGCUCUGUGUUAGCCUCAUUUGUGCGCAAAAUAUUCGUAAAUUAAGUGUGACAUUUCAAAUCAAAUUUAUUGUCUUUCUUCACAAAUUCCAAGCGUUUUUUCGAGCUAUCAAUGAAACAAAAGAAUAUGUUACUUGGUUUUGAGGCUAACACAGAGCAAACCUGAACUCGAAAUUGGAGUAUUUAGAUUGUUAGAAAUUUUUAGACAACUGGUUCUGGAAUAGUCAGAAUUGGAGUUGGGAACCAUUUUGUCGUAACUGAAUAAUUUUUUAUAGAUUGUACAUAUAUCUCUAUAGAAUACAAAAUGAUGAUUUAAUUAAUUCUUAAUKAUAUAAUUCAACUAGUGGAUUGUAAACAUUACAUGUACAUAUGAAAUGUGUCAUUUUGCAAUUGAUAAUUACGCGCACGGUUAUAAAAGUUAACUCGUGGAUUGCAUAAAAUAUGCGCUGAAAAUUUUCAUGAAACCCUGAUCUGAUCAGUUCUUUUAUGCGAGGGAAGCUACAGCAAGUGAUUCACAUUUUUCAUAAGUUUUUAUUCAAGUCUUAUUUUUUUAAUAAACGAAAAUCAAAUGUAAAGCAAUCGAGUAUUUAUUUUUGGUUGAUUUAUGUACGGUCUCAUAUCUGUUCUUAGUAACACUGAAAUAUUCUUUUUUUUUAUUUUAAUAUUUGAAAAUUCUGUAUAAUGGAUUAGCAAAGCUAUGAAAUAACUAAAUUAAUUAAAUUAAAGUUAAAUCAAUGCAAGUCGUAUUGUUUAUUUUGGCUCGCAUCGGAAAGAAGA